GCCCAAAUCCUGAGGAGGGGCGGGGCAGAGGGAGCCCUAUAAUUGGACAAGUCUGGGAUCCCUUGCCCUGCUCAGCCCCCGGAGGUCUUGUUUCAGAAGGCAGCGGCUGGUUCAUCACAGUUGUGAAGAUGAAGGCUCUGUGGGCGGUGUUGGUGGUCGCGUUGUUGGCAGGAUGCCUGGCCGAGGGAGAGCCAGAGCUCCAGCCAGAGGUGACAGAGUGGCUUGGAUGGCAGAGCAACCAACCCUGGGAGCUGGCCCUGAGCCGCUUCUGGGAUUACCUGCGCUGGGUGCAGACGCUGUCUGACCAGGUCCAGGAAGAUCUGCAGAGCUCACAGGUCACGCAGGAACUGACGGUUCUGAUAGAGGACACCAUGACAGAAGUGAAGGCUUACACAAAGGAACUGGAAAAACAGCUGGGCCCGAUGGCAGAGGAGACACGGGCCAGGCUGGCCAAAGAGGUGCAGGCGGCACAGGCCAGGCUCGGGGCGGACAUGGAAGACCUACGCAACAGACUGGGCCAGUACCGCAGUGAGGUACAGACCAUGCUGGGCCAGAGCACGGAGGAGCUGCGGGGGCGCCUCACCUCACACCUGCGGAAGAUGCGCAAGCGCCUGCUGCGGGAUGCCGAGGAUCUGCACAAGCGCCUGGCUGUGUACAAGGCCGGAGCCCGUGAGGGCGCUGAACGCGGAGUGAGCGCCAUCCGUGAGCGCCUGGGGCCACUGGUGGAGGAAGGUCGCCAGCGCACGGCCAACCUGGGCGCCGGGGCUGCACAGCCCCUGCGUGAGCGCGCCCAGGCUUUGGGUGCCCGCAUCCGGGGUCGGCUGGAGCUGAUGGGCAACCAGGCCCGUGACCGCCUAGAGGAGGUGCGCGAGCAGAUGGAGGAGGUGCGCUCCAAGAUGGAGGAGCAGACACAGCAGAUCCGCCUGCAGGCCGAGAUCUUCCAAGCCCGCCUCAAGAGCUGGUUCGAGCCACUGGUGGAUGACAUGCAGCGCCAGUGGGCAAACCUGGUAGAGAAGAUACAGGCCUCCGUGGCUACCAAUCCCAUCCUCCCUACCCCAGUGCCCAAGGAGAGUCAAUGAAGAUCCCUCUCCUACCCCCUGAGGCGCCAUCCACGACCAGCAGGUGGCCCUGUCCCCAACACCACUCUGGCCCUCUGGUGGCCCUUGCUUAAUAAAGAUUCUCCAAGCAA